CGACUGUCACAUAGCUAGCCGCAUAAUGAGACAAUCUUUAUCAAGAAUUUGAUCGUACAGAAAUGGUUCAUUCACAAAAUCUCGGCGGACGAGCAAACUUACUGGCUACACUCUUCAUCAUCAUCCCUCUGACACCGCAUCCAUACACAGUAUAUCCAAAGGAGCUAGGCCCAGAAUUCUGCGUUGGUUAAUGCGGUCGGAUUGCAACAAGCCGCCUACUAGAACGUUUUGAACCCUUGAGAUUCACGAGAGAACAAAGAGAGCUGAGCUCAGUUUGCUCCUUGUCUUGAGAGAGGCGUAUGCAUAAUAAGACGGAAAGAUGCGGCAAGAGACGCCAUCAUCAAUGUUGACUAGCACCGUAAUAGACUCUAGCGACGCAAGCACCUAUGUUGUUAAUAUCGAAAACAUUCCUAAAUGUGCCGGUUGUCACCACCCGAUUUUAGAUCGAUUUAUUCACAAGGUGCUCGAGCGGUUUUGGCAUGCAAAAUGCUUGCGAUGCUCAGAGUGUGACUGCCUUCUCAACGAACGCUGCUUUACGAGGAAUGGUGAGGUUUUCUGCAGGGAGGAUUUUGCAAGGUACGAUACAAAUGGCUUUCUUGUUUUCAUUCAAAAAUGUCAAGUGACAAUCAUUUAUUGCUCUUUCAUAGAUAAUGACACAAACCUUGAGUUUAAAGAAUUUAAAGCUUAUUUUCAAAGAACACAACAACAAUAUUUUGGAACCAACGAAAUGGAACUCGAUAACGCGAACAAGCGACCACGCACGACUAUUACAGCCAAACAGUUGGAAACACUUAAGAGUGCGUACACCAGCAGUCCUAAGCCACCCAGACAUGUACGGGAACAGUUAGCACAAGAGACGGGGCUCGACAUGCGAGUGGUCCAGGUUUGGUUCCAAAACAGACGAGCGAAGGAAAAGCGACUGAAAAAGGAUUCCAGUAGACAACGUUGGGGGCAAUAUUUUCAGGGUAAACGUUCGGGGGAUAGCAGUCCAGGUCAUGUCGGUGAUUCCUCAGUUCCAUCUCCGAAAUCAGAUGGGGACAAGACAGAAACAGACAGUGAUGCUGGUUUAACGAUUGAUAGAAACAUGGUCUAUAGCGAAGAGUCCGAACCAACACAAAUGAUGAAUACUCACAACAACGGGGGAUUUGCAGUAGCACCCUACUUACCACAAAAUACCAACGGCUAUCCUAUGAGUCAGUCGCCUGGCUUACCUAGUAACCAACCAGGUAUGAUGCCUAGCAUUCCGCCCUCGGACAGCAAUCUAUCGGCUUUGGUAAAUCCAAACACAGCACAUGGGCUAACGGCUGCAAUGCGGGCAAUGGUUCAUGCAGGCGGAGAAGAACUUCAUGGCGGAAACACGAUUUACGACGAUUUUCCACACAAUCCAUCGUCAUGGAUUGGUGGGCACUCGCAGUUUUGACCGUAUUACAUGAUGCAUUGACAGAAAUGGAAAUUCUGAUUGCGAUUUAUCAGAUAUGACCGCAUAUGUUUUGUUUUAACGAUAUUUACUAGGCAACUCAGUUUACGAUUUUGCAAGAUGAAAUUGGCCGAAAUCGCGUCCCACCUCAACAAACGUUACAAACAUUUUGCGGUCAGAUUUACGUUUCACUUUUUUACAGGCCUAUACUGAAAAACACAAGAAGUGCAAUCAUUGAACUGUAUGUGUACUAUUGAUUCUAGAGCCAGCAUAUACCUUUUAAGUUUAUCUUUCAAUUUCUACAAAGAGCAAAACAAAUAUUAAGAUAAAUUCGUUGCCUGGGCAGUUUGGCAAUAUUUUAAAGAAACAAUACUAUGAGAAAGAAAUCAUAGUUCCGAUCCAAACGUUCUAAGUAUAACGUAUCGAGACGUCAAAAUCGAUUGUGUUCAGUAUCGGUUUUUGGCUAAUAAACUAUCUCGUAGCUUAUCUUGUCCUGUCUUGUCUUGAAGCAGCGGAUGGACCUUUACCGCCGGAUAUCUUGGUGUGCUAUUACGGUUAUUAUAGUUUUUUAUAUGACAAGAGCCAGAUUUAAAUUAUAGAAUUUGUGUGUUGUGAUUAUAUAUUUUCGUUUACAUGAGAUUUAUUUAUUUCUUCAUGUUUAUAGACUGUAUAGAAAAUACCGGUACUCAGAUGAACCAUAAAAAAACCACUUGUUUUGUACGAUACGUUUUGUCCAUCACAGAUUUUGAUGUUCCCUUUUCUUCGUGAUACCCUUACAGGGGUAGAUCAUAUACUAGACAGCGUCUGAUUAAGCAAACGUUCUAAAAAAAUUAUUUUGUAUGUUAUAAACUAGUAAAAUAAUAAAUUCACACGGGAAUUGACGAGCAUAAACAUGAUUUGAUCUGAAGUAAUGUUAACCUGAAAACGUACAUUUUUGUAAUUAUGAACGACAGCAUUCAUGAUCAAUAUAAUACCCGUCCUUUCUUCGAUUGUUCUCAAUUUUACCAGGGAACAGUGACAUUACACUGUUCCCCGAUUUUACGUAGAUUGAUUUACGUGGCAAGUAAUAACAAUUUAAGCUACUUACUACUCAAACCAGCAUUCACCUUGAAUAUAUUUAAGCAAUCACGUGACUCACCGUUCAACGGAUUUCUAUAAAUUGUGGGGUUUUCUUUAGUAUAUUUAAUUGAUCAGGAGUGUUGGCAUAAAGACAACCAAACGCGGCACAUUGUACUUAGAUUUUGAAUACAGAAUACAAAUGACGCCAAUGCCCACCAAGACGUGUGCGCAUGAUGUGGCACGUAAACGCAGUGUUUGUGAAUUUUCCAUUUCUAUUUUUCAAAUAGUAUGAUAAUAGCGUAUGCCCAUGUGUCUAUGAUUUACAGACAUGUUAAGCACAUACAUAUAUAGGCUACGUACAGUAUGCCUGGACAUUACAUACAUGUGUAUACUGUAUGCGUAUAUAAUACAAUUAUGUGUAUAUAUACCGAUAUCAACUAUUUGAAUAUAUGAAUACGUUCAAUUAGACCUACAGUAUGUGGUAAACUGUAUAUACAAUAUACAGACUAAAUAUGAAGCCUAUUUUGAGCCCUUUACAUAUAGGACUGGGCCUAUAUAGUUAUAUGUAAUUAUAUAAUACAGUACACGGCCUUUUAUAUGUAUUUUAUAAUUACUUAUAGUACAUUUAUAUGUAUGUUAUAUAAUUAAAUUAUAGUCACCCGUUUUUUCACAGUUGUUCACCUUGUAUAUUUAAUAUUUUAAGAAAUUUAGUUUUUAGAUAUUUGCUGCAAACCCAAUCUUUACUUAAUUUUAUAAGAAAGUUGGAUAAAUACACAAGUCAACCUGUCUUAACUUAAUGUUAUAUAAUUAUGUGUAUUGUAUAAAGAUCAAUGCAUUUGUAUUGUACAUUAUUGUUCAUUCAUUGUUAUUUAUUAUUAAGAAAUGUGUCCGUUUUCCAAUUUUACGUGCAAGCGAUUAAAAAAGAAGAAAAUUAUGAAAAUGAAA